AUGACGCUCACGAGGCAACGCAUCGACGCACUGAACCUGCUCAAGCAGCUCGAGCACGAGCAAGAACUGGCCUCGAUCCGUUCCAGCUCGACCGCACUGCAGGACCACCUCGCCUGGACCAAGGCCAAUACGGUCAGUCCACACAUCCCCGACUUGUUGAGAUCCUACUCGACUCGCUGAAACAUCACGGGCUCUCUUAGACGGUCAAGCAUCUGCGACAGCUGCUGCAAUCGCUGUCGCUGGCCGGUGACGAGCACGAGUACGCCGACGCCGACGCCGACACCGACACGUGAGCACUCUUGCUCCGCGAUCCCAGCCACCGUGGAUCCCAUGCCCUGACGCAUACCUUCUGCCCCGCAAUCAUGCGCAGACGAGACCUUGAACACCGAUUAAACCUCGUGCAGAAAAGGCUCGCGUCAGAUUCCAAGAGGGUCAGUAAACCCGUCCCCCGACCGCCGGCUUCCCGUGUCGGCGAGCUCAUCGGCACGACGACGACCUUGUGCAGACGUCGAGGCCGUCGAGGCCGAUCCCGCAUCUUGACUUUUUGGCGCCUUCGGUACCCUUACCACCGCCACUCCCUUCGACCUCGAUCGUACUGCCCCACCUGUCCAGUCAGGACCGUAGGGCCUCGAUCGCCAUCUCCUCGGCCAGUAUCGCCGCCAGUCCUCGUCAGGCGCCCCCGGCCUUCCGUGACCCCUCCCCCUCCAACCCACCACCACAGCAGCAGCACCGCUCCCCUCCCCUACCCACACCAGCAUCCUUCUCACCGCCCGUCCCUCAAGGUCUCACGCCACCCGCGCCCGCCUCUGCGCAUCGGAGAAGAAGCUCCUCGAUCGACGAUUAUUCACCCGACGAUUACUCGCUCAAGAAACCGAGAAGUUACUCCGGAUCGAGCGAGCGCUACAACGGAGCCCAGGACGAGCAACCACGAUCCUACUCGCCGUAUCAGCCACACGUCACGGAGGAACAUCGAUCGAGUUACGACGAGUCCUCGUUCGACACGCCGCCCAUCUCACUCGCCCCACCUCGAGGUCACCUGUCGACCGCUUCGUUCGAUUCACCCGUCGUACCACUACCCCGACCUACGAUCCGCAUCCAAGGCGAGGACCCCAACGAAGAGGACGAGGAUGACGAAUCGCGAUUCGAAGCAUUGCACCACCGAUACCCUACACCACCGCCCGGUGAAGACGAGGACGAGAUUGACGAGGAGAGUGGGAUCGGUGCACCGGCACCGGCACCGGCACCGGUCAAGGGCAAGAAGGGUUCCGCACCCCCACUCAAGAAACCCAUGACUUCGACAUCACCUCCAUCUUCCAUCUCAACCGCCUCGUCUACCGUACGCCAUCGAUCGAUCAUCCCUUCAAUGGCGCGCAAAAAGACGCCGGCCCAAGAACUUGGCCUCACUUCCGCAUCGUCGAUCACCGGCUCGAGCUUGGGAGCCUCGACGACCUCUUCGGAUCUCUUAUCACAUCACCACGACCUCCAAUCCGAACUCGUGAACGAACUGACCUCGCUCUCCUCGCGACUCAAGUCUUCAACGCAAACCUUUUCCGAUAACUUGGAGAAAGAUAAGGAGGUGAUGGAGACGGCGAAGGACCAUUUGGAGAAGAACGCGGACAAGAUGAGUAAGGAGAGGGGGAGGUUGACCGCGGUCAAGAAGAAAACGAGGGGGACGACGUGUUGGACGAUUGGGGUCGUCGCGGCUGUCGCCGCGGCUUGGGCGACCAUGUUCUUCUUGAUCAAGUUGACUUGA